AUGACAUCUGCGAAAGCCACUAUAGUGGCGCAUAGUGCCAAAGAGACCUUCGUUCGGAUGCCUUGGAGAUUGACUCUGCUGUCGUUGUUCUCGGUGAUGGGAAUCCAGGCAAGCGGAAACGAGCUACUUCGAGAGGAGAGGCAGGCCGUCUACCCUCCGCCCUUAGUUUAUCCCUUUGUUGGCAUGUUCAAGUUGGUCGUCGGUCUGGCGAUGCCGGUGAAACUCUCGGGCAGGACUCUCUCUUACGGACAAAACAUUCAAUUCCAAUACGCGUUGCCAGACAACGCGAGCUUCUUCACGGACUACUUCGAUGGGACGUACCGCAGGCGGAAGAGAUCCAGCUGGGACGAGAGAACACCUGUCUACGAUAUCUUGCGACAAGAGCUGGACAGGCGAGACAUUGAUGGAAAAGAAUGUUUAAAGAAGAACAUCUGCGAGGCAGCAGCUUCGCCCUUAAGAGACGAAGGACUGAUCGGUGAAUUAUUGGAUUUACUAUUAACGCCUGGACCUACGAUGGACGAGGAGUAUCUGGAAGCUGCGACAAUUGGAAGAAAUCGCGAGAAUUGUUCAAUGAUUUACUCCACGUGUCCGGAUGGUCUCGGUGUAUUAGACAGGAUAUCGAUAAUUUAUUAA